GAAGGUUGAAGUGCUCCGGAGGUUGGCGAAACCUCCUGCUGUGACCUAACCUCGGGGUUGAGGUCAGGCUGGGGCUCUGGCGCGCGCUCGGGGGCGGGGCCUGACCGGUGGGGCUCUCCACUGGGGCUGAGAUUCGGCACCUCCUUGACGUACAAGGUGUCACCGCAAGGAGAUGUCCACGGCCGCCGCCGCCGCUGCGGGGAGCUUCUUCCCCUCCUUCCAGCUCCUGGUCUGCGGGUCGCUAGUGGCUGCCGUGCUGGGCGCCGCGUAUCGCCUGGGGCUUUUAUAUCGGUUGAUGCACAAGGUGGACACGGUGAGCAUCCAGCAUGGUGGGGAGAGCGUGGCGGCUGUGCUGAGGGCCCAUGGUGUGAAGUUCCUCUUCACACUAGUUGGUGGGCAUAUUUCCCCGCUGCUGGUGGCCUGCGAGAAGCUGGGCAUCCGCGUGGUGGACACGCGCCAUGAAGUCACAGCCGUGUUUGCUGCUGAUGCUGUGGCCCGCCUGACUGGAACGGUGGGCGUGGUGGCAGUGACGGCAGGCCCUGGCCUCACCAACACAGUGACAGCAGUGAAGAAUGCCCAGAUAGCCCAGUCCCCAGUACUGCUUCUGGGUGGGGCCGCCAGUACCCUGCUGAAGAACCGGGGUGCACUCCAGGCCAUCGAUCAGAUGUCCUUGUUCCGGCCACUCUGCAAGUUUUGUGCUUCUGUGAACAGGGUGCGGGACAUCGUGCCCACUCUGAGGACUGCAAUGGCUGCUGCCCAGUCGGGCACCCCAGGCCCUGUGUUUGUGGAGCUGCCCAUUGAUGUGCUGUAUCCCUACUUCAUGGUCCAGAAGGAGAUGGUGCCAGCCAACCCACCCAAGGGCCUCAUGGGUCGAGCAGUUUAUUGGUACUUAGAGAAUUACCUGGCCAAUCUCUUUGCAGGAGCCUGGGAGCCUCGGCCCGAAGGGCCCCUGCCUCUGGACAUCCCCCAGGCAUCCCCCCAGCAGGUUCAGCGCUGUGUGGAGAUCUUGAGUCGGGCCAAAAGGCCCCUUGUGGUGCUGGGGAGCCAGGCCCUACUGCCCCCGACACCUGCCAGCAAGCUUCGGGCUGCUGUGGAGACUCUGGGCGUCCCCUGCUUCCUGGGCGGGAUGGCACGGGGGCUGCUGGGCCAGAACCACCCCCUGCACAUCCGGCAGAACCGCAGUGCCGCCCUGAAGAAGGCAGACGUCGUCCUCCUGGCAGGAGUUGUGUGUGACUUCCGUCUGUCCUAUGGCCGUGUCCUCAGCCGAAGCAGCAAGAUCAUCAUUGUCAACCGUAACCGGAAAGAGAUGUUGAUCAACUCAGACAUGUUCUGGAAGCCCCAGGAAGCCGUGCAGGGAGACGUGGGCUCCUUUGUGUUGAAGCUGGUGGAGGGCCUCCAGGGCCAGACCUGGGCCUCAGACUGGGCAGAGGAGCUGCGGCAAGCCGACCAGCAGAAGGAGAAGUCCUUCCGGGAGAAGGCAACGAUGCCUGUAUCCCAACACCUGAACCCGGUGCGGGUGCUGCAGCUGGUGGAAGAAACUUUGCCUGACAAUUCGAUUCUGGUGGUCGAUGGUGGGGACUUUGUGGGCACCGCUGCCCACCUGGUGCAGCCCCGUGGCCCCCUGUGCUGGCUCGAUCCUGGGGCCUUCGGGACUCUGGGGGUUGGUGCAGGAUUUGCACUUGGGGCCAAACUGUGCCGGCCAGAUGCUGAGGUCUGGUGCCUCUUUGGGGAUGGAGCUUUCGGGUACAGCCUCAUCGAAUUUGACACCUUUGUCAGACACAAGAUCCCAGUGAUGGCCUUGAUAGGGAAUGAUGCUGGCUGGACCCAGAUUUCUCGGGAGCAGGUGCCCUCUUUGGGCAGCAAUGUGGCCUGUGGCCUGGCCUACGCUGAUUAUCACAAAGCAGCCAUGGGUCUGGGGGCCCAGGGCUUGCUGCUCUCACGGGAGAAUGAGGAUCAGGUGGUGAAGGUGCUUCGUGAUGCCCAGCAGCAGUGCCGAGAUGGCCACCCAGUCGUCAUCAAUAUCCUCAUUGGGAGGACAGACUUCCGCGAGGGCUCCAUUGCUGUGUAGUGCCUCGUGGGUGCCUUCCCACACCUGGACUGCUUAGCUGGUCUGGAGUGUCUGCCUUGCCUGCUCUGGGCUAUCCCAUGGGGCUCAGUGACCCCAUAGUCCUCCC